UUAACGGCUGUUAACUUUCCUAACGGCAGUACUAACUGCGGUUAACACUUAACCCUACGUCGUUACUUAGACCCAAAUUAAGACACUCUUACCCUUUCGCAUUCUACCCAGAAAUCGAUUUGGGAUCAGAAACCCUAAUUUCUCUAUUCUCUCAUUCUCUUUGAAAUCGAUGUCUUUGAAAUCGUGUUAAUCGAUGUGUCUAGGCGUUUGAUUACUUGCGGUUUGGUUAGAAUUUGAGUUCAAGGAGUUAGUUUGGUCGCAUCGUGAUGAGUGGUUUCGAUUGCUUGAAACUUAAUAUUAAGUUCGGAGGAGAUGUCUCCUUCAAGGAUGAGUGUUUCGCAUACAUCGGAGGAUUCGAGAAGAGGGAAAUGUUGAUGGAUCCAGACCUGAUGACGUGGUCGAUCUUCGAUGAUUUCCCUAAAGAGAAUGGAGUGUCUGGUGCCGUAGAAAAAGUUUGGUACAAACUUUCCCAUGAAGACGUAGAUUCAGUAAGAGCUAUCUCUGAGGACAGAGAUAGUGGGAUUAGGCAAUUGUGUAGUGAAGCUUUGAUUGGUGGUGAAGUAGAUAUCUACAUUCAGCAAGGUGUGUCUGAACCUACACCGUUUCCUAUGCCACAACCUGGUGAAGAGUGUGAUGCUGGUGAAGAGAGUGAUGUUGGAGAGCAUCAAGAAUAUUAA